AUGGCGUCACGGGUGGACUCAUGUGUGGAGUACCACCCAGAAUGCGGCAAAGAUCGCAAACCCGCUAAGCGGCUCCUGAGGGGUGCUGCUAAUAUCGUGGUGCAGAAAGGCGAUGAGGAACUGGAUUCCAAUGAUGACAGGCAAGGCAGCGAGCAUAACUGUUCCGCUGCUUGCCGGGAGAUUGAAUUCCGGGAGGAUCUUGUUUAUCUUGAGAUUGGACUCCUCAUCUGCAUAGACUGCGUCCAUGGGUAUAUCUUUGACGACAGCACGGAUGGUGGUUCAGCCGAAAGAGCAUGUCGGUCUCGAAGAAGUAGCUAUCCGCAGCUGAUUUUGGUAAUGAAGGAAAGUGCAGCAUUCCCAAAAAUGCGGAUUUUUGGCAUGGUUUGCACUGAUUCAAGCCUGAAAAAUCGAUUGCCUUUUGUGUAG